GUUCACUUGCUUGAAAACAGCUGUUUAUUGGCCUUACUCAUCAAUGACGUGAAUUUUCUGUUUUUAUUAUCUUUAAUCCAUGAUAAGGUAAAUAAAACAAUUUGAAGUAAUGUAAAAAGCGGUAUAUAUUUGCAAUUUACAAGAGGAAAACAAACUUGACGACAGUAGAAUAUAGUGAAUUGUACUCCAGUUAACUUAUUGAAAGUAACUAAAACUAAAAACAAUGGAUCAAAAACCUCCGAUCUACUCCAAAUUUGCCAUCCUAACACGUACAACUGAGAUGCGAAUGCAUAUUUCUGCUGAAGUGCCCUGUGAUCGUCCUUCUGAAGUACAAACAUUUCCUAUGGUGGGUGGAACACUCAUAAAAAUGUAUCAAAGUCAAACGCCAGUAGAAGUUGCAGGCUCCAGAAAAUUUAGUACAGUACAAAUUCUUGACCUGGUGCGUCAGGAACCGAUAUAUGAAAAUCUUUAUGAAUGUCCACAAGAAAAUUUGUUAAAAGUGAGUGAGGCGUUGUGGCCAUAUGUAAUUGCCAUAAUGGAACCAGAACGGCGAUUACAGUUGGUAAAGAAGGUUGAACAUUGUAAAUGGAUAAUAUACUUGAAAAAGAAUGAUUUAGUGCGUGUCUCCGGUGCGUCGUUUGGAAAAAAAUCGACAUUCUACGACUGCAUCAUACGAUACAUUGGCAACGUCGCUGAACUUUAUCCCGUUGGUUAUAUCUUCGGUCUGGAGUUGCUGCACUUAGACAGCGGCUUCUCACCACAGUCCGAGGAUAUUCCUUACUCAAUAAAAUACAUGCAAUGUGAUCCGACACUAUCCAUAUUCUCAACAGCCGAUAAUCUAUUGCAGCUACCAAGUGAGGUUAAGAAAAAGUUUUCUAUGCAAAAUAUCAUCGGAGAGACUCUAACCAAAGUACGUACUGCUAUUGUACCAUCGACUUGUGCGAACGGUGGUGGUGGUGGCGGCAGCAACACAAACUCUUUGCGCAGACAAAAGAAACCAAAAAAGAAGGUAGCCACUUCACAAUUUUAUGACAUUCCAAGUUCUCCAAUUGCUGAAGACAAUAAACUAGUUCCAAACGGUGGGCUUGAUUUCAGCCAACACCACGAAAUGGAGCGGGACAGUAAUAAACCGAAAAAUUUGGAUGAGUUAGAUAACGGUAAUCAAAUUAUAUCGUUAGAAAGUGAUGAAUACAAGCAAAGUAUUGAAAAUUAUGAACGUAGCUUGGAAAGGCAACGUGGUACAACAGCAUCAACAUCAACUGCAACUACAGCAGCACCGGUAGGAAUAUUAAAGCACCGACAUCCGCCCGCUGCUCCAGCAAACAGUGUAGAUGUUGGUAAUAGUAAGGAUGCCGCUAGUGGUACUGUGGUGCACCCAUUAAAUCUAAUGAGUAUGGAAGAUCGCGAUAUAAUUGUUAUUGAUCGUGCCGAUAUACGUGAGUCUACGAAAAAUGAGUCGAACGUUAUUGUGGUGGACAAAAAAAUGCAACAAGAGGUUGAUUUGGCUGAAUUAUUGGGUAGCAAUUGGCCAAUCAAUGCGGGAGGCGCAGCUAGUAUACUAAAUAAUAAGCAACCGCCGAAACAACAGCACACAACUGCUAACGCUAACAUCGAUUCAGUGCAAAUAAAGAGUGUACGUAAUAAAUCACCAAAUCCACUGACACACUUUGGUGGCAUUAAGACUCCCGGCAAUGUUGCUAUGGAUGGUUAUAUUGGCGGUGAGCAGGCAAGCGACAGCAUCGGAACAAAUAAAUAUGCUAAUGCCCGUGAUUCGCCAGUGUAUGACAAUUUGGUUGAUAUCGACACGCCGGCCGAAGUGGAUUUGGUAAAAUAUACGCCCUUGCAAGAUAUACCAGAUACCGCAUUAGGUGUUGGUUCCAUGGUAGAGGUGUCAAUACCAGAGGCGUCAGAGAACUUAUACGGUGUUAUACGUUGGAUUGGCACAGCGCAGGGACGAAAACAAAUAAUGGUUGGUGUGGAGCUGGAAGAGGAUCAGGACGAUCGUACAUUGCCGACCACAAAUGGCACUUACAAAGGCGUGCGUUAUUUCAAAUGUCAUGACGGUCGCGCACUUUUUGUCACUUCUGAUCGUUGUUGCACGGAUCGACGCUUCAUUGAGUUGGAUGGCAAGGCUGCUGCAAAUAUACCGACCGAUUCCAAAAUGUUCGGACAAGUGGAGUGUCCGUCGGUGCCAGGCGCUGUUGCACCGUUAAAAAUCAAAAGUCUGGAGGAGCUGGAGGAAAAUUGUGGCAAGUUUAAAGGUAUACAAGGACAUCAUAAUUCCUGUUAUCUGGACGCAACAUUAUUUGCUAUGUUCACUUUCACGCCGGUCUUCGAUUCGUUGCUUUUCCGACCGCCAGAAGCUGAUGAUAUUCCCAACUAUAUGGAGGUACAAAAGGUAUUGCGCGAAGAGAUCGUUAAUCCGCUGCGUAAAAAUGUGUUCGUGCGCGCCGAUCGUGUCAUGAAAUUACGCCAGCUGUUAGACAAGCUUAGCUCCGUUAGUGGUCUGACCAGUGAAGAGAAAGAUCCAGAAGAAUUUCUUAAUAGUUUGUUGGCGCAAAUAAUGCGUGUAGAACCCUUUUUGAAGCUGAGUUCGGGUCAGGAUGCCUACUUCUAUCAGCUGUUCGUGGAAAAGGAUGAACAUUUGUGUUUCCCCACAGUACAACAACUAUUCGAGCAGAGUUUUCAUUCAUCCGAUAUUAAACUGAAGGAAGUGCCGUCAUGUUUGAUUAUACAAAUGCCGCGGUUCGGCAAAAAUUUCAAAAUGUAUCCGAGGAUUCUGCCCUCACAGCUGCUGGAUGUCACCGAUAUCAUUGAGGACUCUCCCCGCCAAUGCUCCGUAUGUGGCAAGUUAGCCGAGUAUGAGUGCCGCGAUUGCUAUGGUGUUUUGCAAGGUGGCGUUGGCCUGGAGAGCACAGCAUUUUGUCUCAAAUGCUGUGAUACUGUACAUAUGCAUGCACGCAGAACAAAUCAUACUCCAAAGAAAUUGUCUGUGCCGCAAGAUUUCCGUAUAAUGGCCGAUCACAUGAAUGUGCCGCGUUUAUAUAUGGAAUUAUUUGCUGUUGUCUGCAUAGAAACUUCACAUUAUGUCGCUUUCGUAAAAGCCGGUUCGGGUCCAGAUGCGCCUUGGUGUUUUUUCGAUUCCAUGGCUGAUCGUAAAGGCGAGAAAAAUGGCUACAAUAUACCGGAAAUGAUCACCGUUCCCGACUUGCCGCUGUGGCUGUCGGAGGAGGGCGCCCGCGUUGUCAAUGAGACAUCGACAAAUGACAAAAUGUUGCCGGAACAUGCGAAGCGACUCUUCUGUGAUGCCUACAUGUGCAUGUAUCAGAGCACAGAUGUGAUGAUGUAUCGCUAACGAGGAGAGUGCAAUCAGACAGACAGCUUUAAAAGUACAUACUUAACUAAAUUUUAGUUUUAUUUCUUUACAUAAGUAUAUUUGAUAUACCUACAUAAGCGCAUAUAUCAUAUUAAUAAUGUAUUGUUUUGCAUGAAAUGACACCAACAACAAAAAUUUAUAUUUAACAAUAUUCAUACAUACAAGUUAAAUUAAUAAAAUGAAGUAAAUAUCUAUUUUA